GCCUCGCCCGCUGAGCCGGCCUGUAAGCGCUGCGGAGAUUGGGCUAGAGGCGGAGGCCUGGGCCAGGUCGGAGGCGCUGGGUACGUAGCGCGCCGCGCGGGCCGGUGAGAGCCGGCCGGGCCCCGGGGAGGGGGCGGGCCCUGGCCGCGGCUGCUACGCGGGGCUGCCACCGCCCCGGGCGCCCCAAUUUCGCGGCCUAGUGGGGCGUACGGGCCUCUUUUGAAAGCCUGAGUUACGAUGUAUUGAGUGCAUCGUAUGCGGCCAGCACUAAGGUCCUUCUGGCACUCCUCUGGUGGACUGCCCCCAUCGGCCACACUUGCCCUGCUCUCCAGUGAUUCUGUAGCUCCUGGCUCCGUAGUCUCGCGGACAGCUCUCUUUCCUGGAAGAUGUUUCUGGUGGGCCUGACAGGGGGCAUUGCCUCAGGCAAGAGCUCAGUGAUCCAGGUGUUCCAGCAGCUGGGCUGUGCGGUGAUUGACGUGGACGUGAUGGCCCGGCACGUCGUGCAGCCAGGAUACCCUGCCCACCGGCGCAUCGUAGAGGUCUUCGGCACUGAGGUCUUGCUGGAGAACGGCGACAUAAAUCGCAAGGUCCUGGGGGACCUGAUCUUUAACCAGCCCGACCGGCGGCAGCUGCUCAACGCCAUCACCCACCCCGAGAUCCGCAAGGAGAUGAUGAAGGAGACGUUCAAGUACUUCCUCCGGGGAUACCGCUACGUGAUUCUGGAUAUCCCCCUGCUGUUUGAGACCAAGAAGUUGCUCAAGUACAUGAAGCACACCGUGGUAGUAUACUGCGACCGGGACACACAGCUGGCACGGCUGAUGCGGCGGAACAGCCUGAACCGCAAGGAUGCAGAGGCCCGCAUCAAUGCCCAGCUGCCCCUGACAGACAAGGCCCGCAUGGCCCGCCAUGUCCUAGACAACUCGGGCGAGUGGAGUGUCACCAAACGCCAGGUCAUCCUCUUGCACGCUGAGCUGGAGCGCUCCCUGGAGUACCUGCCGCUGAGGCUUGGGGUCCUCACAGGGCUCGCUGCCAUUGCCAGCCUCCUCUACCUGCUCACCCGCUACCUUCUGCCUUACGCCUAGUGGGGCACUCAAGGCAGGGAGCCCCAGGCCUCCAUCUAUCUCCUUGGAGGCUGAAGCCAGGUAACACAUCCUGUUUCCUCUCAGCCCCCUCCACACACACACACACACACACACACACACACACAAAAACACGGACUCUCCAAAUCAGGGCUGGGCCUCUGUGCCAGGCCAUCCCGUCUGUGGAGUGUAUCCUAUUUGAGGUCAAGAAAUAGCCUGCUGUCCUUCCCACCUUCCCUGAGCAGCACCUACAGAACAGCAACCGUGAUGGUGUGUGAAAGCAACAGUCAGAGACUGCUAUACAUUUCUGUGGGUGGGGGUAGGGAAUACUGGCUCUGUGGCCCUCCUCAGAGCUGGGAGGCCAAGGGUUCACUGGGCUUGAAUCCUCUCUAAGCACCUACCCCAUUAUGGCCUAAACCUCCUCAGUGGACCACGGGAAAUCAUGUUGGACCAAGGGUUUCCAUGUUCAAACAGAGUCAACAAGGCCCUCCCCUAGGUUGAGAUAUUUUUGAUACUGAAGGCCCAGGACCCCAGUAUGGCUUGCUGCCAGCAAGCAGCAAGGAUUCUCUCGUGGGUAACGCUGUAGCCAGGCAGGACCAGCCUCUUCUGGGAGACCCCUCUCCCCACGUAGGGUUUGUGUAGUGCUCCCACAUCCUGCUUAUUGCCUGCCACCCCUACUUCUCGCCUGGACCUCUUGGUAUUCCGUGUACACCAUCCUUGCUGUUUCUUGCCUCUGUGCCUUCAACCUGCUGCUCCUGGCCUGGGAUACCUUUUAUUUUCUUUUAUUUCUUCUUCCUUUUUUUUUUUUUUUUUUUUUUAACCUACAACUAGCUCUCAGUUCAGGCACUGUCUAAAGCCCCAGGCUGGGUUAGGUGGUCUAGGAUACCAACUCCCCCUCAACAUUUUACCUUAAUCCAACAGUACAGUAAUUAGCUGAAACUUGCCUGGUUUUUCCUACUAGACUGUAAGCCCUCUAGGGACAGGGACAGUGUCUUAUUCAUCUCUGUGUUCUUAGUGCAGAGCCUGGCCCGCUGUUGGUGUUUAAUAAAGUGUGUUGAUCUGAAAUGCCCCAGACCAA